AUGGUGACCUGCGGACAUCUCGUCGAGAUCGCUCGCUUGCAGCUGCCAAGGCUGUCGCAGUCAGUGCACAGAGAGGAAUGCACACAGUGCUUCGACAACCAGCAGGAUCAUCCAUUGGGUAUUGAUGUGUGCUUGACGUGCUUCAACGGUGGUUGCCUUGGCAAAGAGAGGCAUCACGCACGCACUCAUGUUCAUAAAACUGGGCAUGGCUUCUCUUUGAACAUCAAACGGAAGCUGAAGCCAUCGGCGAAUCGUGUAGACGAGGAAGAACCUCCAGCAAAGAUGACCAAACUUGCAAUUGUCGAAGACCGAGAUGAAGACAAAUAUGAGUUCAAGACUGUCCUGAAAUGUUGGAAGUGCGAACCUGAGAACGGCCUUGAAAUCCCGGAUGCGAUGGCCGAUCCCCACGAGAAUCUCUGGCUCUGCCUUACCUGUGGCUCGCUCGGUUGUGGUAGACAGCAGUAUGGAGGUCUGGGAGGCAACGGGCACGGCCUUCAACACUAUCAAGAGACACGCCACCCGAUCAGCGUCAAGCUCGGGACCAUCACGCCUGAGGGCAACGCAGAUAUCUACUGCUACAUAUGCAACGAUGCAAAACAAGAUCCAGACCUUGCGGCACAUCUAACAACCUUCGGUAUCAACGUCCAGACUCAGACCAAGACGGAGAAAUCAAUGACAGAACUGCAAAUUGAGCACAAUCUCAAGUUCGAUUUCUCGCUGACAGACGAAUCUGGCAAGGCCCUCGAGCCUGUUUUCGGCCCUGGACUUACGGGUCUAUCUAACCUCGGAAAUAGUUGCUACAUGGCAUCGGUUCUGCAGACAGUGUUCUCGCUCCCUGUAUUUCGUCAGCGGUAUUAUCCCUCGGCUUCCACGCACUGGGAGACUUGUACCGAGACGCUUCCAGCAAGCUGUGUGGACUGCCAAAUGCAUAAGCUCGCCGACGGCUUGCUCUCUGGGCGCUACUCGCACCCGCGGCCCACGUCCUCGGGUGCAUCUCACCCCAAGGAGACCAACCCGCUCGCGCACGACUCGCCGACGCCCAUCUUCCAAGAGGGCGUGCGGCCGAGCGGGUUCAAGGCACUGAUUGGCAAAGGGCAUGAGGAGUUCUCGACAAUGCGGCAGCAGGACUCGGAGGAGUUCUUCACACACCUGCUCACGGUCCUGCGACGGUACGCGAAGAAGACGGGCGGCAUGCUGAACCACGACCCGACGGAGGUGUUCGCGUUCGGGAUGGAGCAGCGCCUUGAGUGCGGCGAGUGCCGCCGCGUGCGGUACCGCGUCGACGGCACGGACGUCGUGAGCGUGCCGGUGCCCGCACGCGAGACGGGGAAGAAUGCGGAAGGUCGCACACAAUACGCGGAGGUUGCACUGGGGGAGUGCCUCGACAUCCUUACAGGUACCGAGGCGCUAGAGUAUACGUGCCCGGGUUGUCAGAAGCGCGUCAUUGCGACCAAGCGAUCGCGCUUCGCGACGUUCCCGCAGGUGCUCAUGGUGCAUGCGAAGAAGUUUCAGCUCGUCAACUGGGUGCCGACGAAGCUCGACAUCCCGCUGAACGUCUCAGACACACUGCAGCUGGACCAAUCCGCACCGGGGCUCCCCCAGUUCAAUGAGGCUGCGAUGGCCCAGCUGGAAGCCAUGGGUUUUCCCACCAUUCGGUGCCAGAAAGCCUUGCUCGCCACGGGGAACAACGAUGCCGAGGCCGCCAUGGAAUGGCUCUUCGCACAUAUGGAAGAUCCAGCUACAGAUAUCGAUGCCCCAAUUCAAGCUGCAGGGUCAGGCAGCAGUGCACCUGAGCCCUCGCAAGAACAGGUGAGCAUGCUGUCAGAGAUGGGCUUCACCCACGCACAGGCCAGAAAGGCCCUUCGGGAAACCGGCGGCGACGCGGAACGCGCAGUUGAAUGGCUGUUCUCGCACCCUGACGACAACGGGGAAGACGCCGCCCCCAGCGGCUCGAGUGAGACGCCAGAGUCAUCUGGCACAGGAGGAAGCGCAGAAUUGCCUGCCAGGUACCGGCUCAAGGCGUUCAUCUCGCACAAAGGGCCCUCCGUGCAUUCUGGACACUAUGUGGCGCACAUCCGGGUGGAGGACGCCGCGGUGGGCGGGGAAAGCUGGGUGCUGUUCAACGACGAAAAGGUGGUCAAAGCGGAUGAAGAAAGCGUGCGCGAGCUGAAGAAGCUAGCGUAUCUGUACGUGUACGAGCGAGAGUAG